GGGAACAGACCCAGCAAACUCUCCACCAUACUCAAACUUCGAAGUUGCGGGGUCGCUGCGUCGCCUUAACUCACGAGCAUUAUGGAGAAGGGGAAGCAAGUAACGGGAAGCGAAGUUUCGGGUGAGAAGACAAUGGAGUUGAACCUAUACCCAGUCGAACCUAAUUGUUGCGGUGAAGGUUUGCCUUAUGCUCCUGUAGAUUGGCCGAAUGCCGGCGAUACUUGGCGUUGGUGGGUCGGCUAUAGGACCAGUCGUUCUGGUUUUUAUCAAGAUAGGCUCUUAUGUCUUCCAAAGCGUCUCCGCUGCCAGGGCAGUAAGAAUCGCUUCAAGAGCAAGCCUUCGCUUGUACACUACAUCUCUUCGCAGUUUCCGAACUCAGAUGUCAAUGAGUUCUUUGCUUCUUUUAGCUGGAUGGUUCCCUCUACGAGGCAUCACUGGCACGAAGAAUUGCAUCCAGAUCUCUUUCCACAGGUACCAGUGGACAAAAUUGCAUCUAAGCGGAAAAACGAGGCCCCCUGUCAUUCCCAGAGGACGAAAAAAUAAAGACCAGCUUCGUCACAAGCCUUCCCUAGGCCCAGAACCCGACAAUCGUACAAAAUAUCAGCUCAAGCCGACAUUAGAGAUGAGGAGUCUGUAAUUGACUUGAAUUCCCUGAAGGAUGAUAGCACAAGUGAUGGAAGUGGAUAUUCAAAAUGCGGCUCAGAGUCGCAAAUUGCUCUUGAAGACAUUGCUCCUGACCUAAGUACCAGCUUUAGCUGCUAUGCAACCAAUGCUUCUGAGGCAGAAGAUGUGCAAAAAGUCGAGGAACUUCAUGCUCAGUUUUUUGAAGAAGAUGUUGAUGACUGUCUCAAGUGUUUGGAACAUAUUCUUUCUCAGCACGAUGAUGAAACUCAGGUGCGGACUGCUUUCACUUAUGUAGGUUCUGAUAUUGCAGAGGAAAUGUCUACUCAUUGCAGGAUGCUUUCUUCCAUUCUU